GUCCGAGAUACCUACGGUUACCCUGGUCCCCGUCCCCAGGCUGAGCAGCAUUGCCUUGCAGCCCUGGUUUGGCUCCAACGAUAAAAGGUGAUCGCGAGCCCGAUCCUCGCACCCGAUUCUUCGUCUUUUCGCGUUCUCAUACUACCCCUCAACGAUCUCUCUACUGCAGACCCCCACAGCCGCCUUCGAUAUGGCGCGCAUUGGCCAAUCCUUCCAUAUUCCUUCAGCUUCAAGCUUGUCGAUUGAGAUAUCCUUCGUCCCCGCACCUUCGCGCGAUCUCGAACCGACAACAUGGCCAUCCGAACCGCACCGUCCCUCAGCAUCGAUGUCUACUGAGUUGGGCUCCUUGAGGCCCAAUUCUUGCACUGCGACUUCUCGCAAACCAUGUCACUCCUAUCGACGGAGUCUAGAUCCUGCUAGUAUCCCGGAGAUCGGUGGUACAACCACCAUCACUGAGAUCAGUCACGAGUCCGCACCCAUCGCCUUCAGGAACAUGGCUCGCAAUAUCGUAUCCUGGGAGAAGCACACGUUCCUCGUGACGGUAUUUACCUGGAUUCUCCUACGUCCGGACGUGGAAGCUUUGUCAAGACGUGCCUUUGAGCGUCACGCUCCAUUUCAUUACUCCAGACGCAUUUGCUCGAAUACGUUUCUCGAACGCGUGGCCGCGAGCGCCGAGGCUGAUCGACGCUUGCCUGGCGACACGAUAUUCGAACCGGCCGACGCUGAAGACGACAGGCACGUACAUGGUCUCACAUGUGAAGAGGGCAACCUUGGUGAGGAGGACGACCUGGAUGAGGACGGCCUGGAUGAGGACGGCCUGGAUGAGACGGGUGACAUGGGUGAAAAGAGAGCGUCUAUGGUGCUCUAUGUCCCUCUCAGACUCUUCGUCGUGCAAGGUCGACAUCAAAGUGUCAGGAGAGAGGACCACCAUCUUGUCCGGCGUCUCGUUCAUGUGCUUGAUGAGGAGGACAAUCUUCGUUCAAGCAACAGGCACCUUCAGCCAGCCCUCUGCCCGCAGUCUCAACUCACUGCUGACGCCAAGCAACGCCUUGCUUCCUUCCAUACUUCACGACUUGAUUCAGCCGAGCUGGCCCACACGGCACUGGUCCCGAUCGCGAGGGCCAGCGGACUGCAGAUUCAGCAAUUCCACGUGGCAAGCUUGCUUCUGGCCUAUAUAACGUUGUCCCUCUCGCCGCAUGCCGAUGGUGCGGAAGACGACAUACUUCCCUUGAUGACUUCACCAGCCAAAGAUGCUCCAAAGUCGGAGUGUUGCAUCUGUGGCACGCCAAUUGAUUCAGGCGCAGAGGGCGAAACUUGGCGUGGUCAUGCGCAGAUAUGCACCUCACACGAGGGCCAUACAGCCCACAUCAGCUGUCAGAGAAGCGCUGCCCGCAAAAGCUUGUCUACGUGUCUUACACUACCUCCAAGAGCCCUCAGAUCUUCUUUCACUAGCGCUGGUGUCUCGAGCAUUCUAUUCAUACGUCAACUACUGUUGUGAAGAGUGGGCUUGUCGGAAACAUAAUCUGCUGAGAAUUCCCACGUCAAGCCCGGGGCUUGGUACAAGGUAUGGGAACAGGUCGCACCCCGAGCUCGCCAGUCGUUCGAGGAUAGCUCGGAGCAUUUGGUCGCGGACUCACCAACGGAGGCAGAGACUGAGAUCGCGGUGCCGUGCGAGGCUUCGACUUUUCCUACUGGAUUGAUAC